CGUGAUUUACGGUAAUUUCAGUAAACCAAUGCAAAAGUGUCAACGAUAGAUUGGUGAGUUGCUUGAAAAGUAUUCCACCUCAAAAAAGAAUGAAAUCCCAACUGCUAGACAUAAGCGACAAAUGAGCAACAAUUGCACUUAAUGGAUUUAUUGCCACGAUGUGAGAAACAAAUGCAAAGUGUCGCCUAACUAGCAGCGCAAUGCUAGUUUGCAACCACCAUAACUUAGCUAGCUCGCUAGGUACGUUAGCACACGUAGCUUGUUUUGGUUAGCUUGUUAGCAUGCUAACUGGUUAGAUUUGACAGCAAUCAAGGUUUGACAUGGACAUUUUAGCUAAGGUGCUGUUAGUUGGAUAACAACACAGUAGCUUGUUAGCUAUACAAUCUUUGAGUACCAGGUUAUUAGCAUCGCUAGUUAACGUUAGCUAGCUAGGUAGAGUUAGCUUAGCUACCGUGUGCAUUGCUAGCUACUAUAGUUGUCAACAGGAAAGACUUCCUACAAAAAUAACUCAACUUAAGCUGUCAUCUCCUAGUCUAACGUUGAUAUUGGUUAGAGAGAAUGGAGAACCACCUUUGACGGUCCUGUUUUGUUUUGUUAUACUGUUAAUUAGGUACUAUAACUAACUACUCAAAUUGCAAUCUUGAGUUAUAGUGACUCUAAAGCACAGGUGUCAAACUCAUUCCACGGAGGGCCGAGUGUCUGCGGGUUUUCGCUCCUCCCUUGUACUUGAUUGAUGAAUUAACAUCACUAAUUAGUUAGGAACUCCCCACACCUGGUUGUCUAGGGCUUUAUUGAAAGGAAAAACCAAAAACCUGCAGACACUAGGCCCUCCGUGGAAUGAGUUUGACACCCCUGCUCUAAAGCAUAAAUACAAUGUGGCUCCAGCAAAGACUAAAGGGCCUACCAGGUCUGCUGUCAAGCAGCUGGGCUAGAAGAAUGCUCAUUGGACUGCUGUUUUUCCUAAUCUUCUACUGGUACCUUAGCUCAGACGGCGCUUUGAGGUUGUUCAGUGGCUUAGGCCAGUCGGGCGGGCCAGCUGGACAAUGCCUCCAGACUGAGAUCCACAGGUGGAAGUCACUGGUGGACCGGGGCGAGGGAAUCUACACUACUCCCCAGGAGAAAGCGGUCACGCCUUUCAUCUCAGGUAACGGCCAUUUCCUGGUGGACAUUGACUCCAACAGACUGUGGGUGGCCUCGUCCUCCCAGCCCGGCUCGGCCCCAGUUUACCAGACUGAGUACUCACCCAUAGUGGGCAUCCACGUCCCGGGGAAGCGGGCCGAGGCGCGGGCCAUCAUGCUCUGGUUCCGCAAAGGGGCUGUCCUGUCCGUCCGCUGCGUCCUCCCAGGGGGAGCCGGCAGCUCCGGAUCAGCCCGUCACUGCCUCAUCAUCCGAGAAGAGUUUAUUGCCCACCGCAGCCGGCCAAAUGUCUUCCUCCAGAGGAUCCACAUCAACAACCCCUCUGAGCGCGCCGCCACCCUGGAGGUGUCCACCGAAAUGCCCUCGUUCGGGAGCAAGUUCUCAGCCGGUGUGGAGAAGGUGGAGGACAAGGAGGUAGUGCUGUCGUCGGGCCGCGUGGUUCUGCCAGAGAAGAACCAGAUAGUGCUGGUGGUGGUGGCCACCAAUAAGCUGGGCAGCCGCAUCCAGGUGGCUGCCAAGUCAGAGUUUGCCGAGAAUGUGUUGUCAGUGGUGUGGAUGUCGGAGCCCAUUGAGUCGGCCAAGCUGGAGGAGACCUUCACCAGGCUCCGAGACGGGGCCAAGAAAGAACUGGGAGAGCUGCUGAGGGCCAACAUAGAAGAUCUGGUCCAGGACCACCAACAGGCCUGGAUGGAUCUCUUCAUCUCUGGGGUGGAGAUGCGUAAGAUCACCGACGCACACACGCCAUCCAGCGCCACAGUCAACACCACGCUCUACUACGUCCUCUCGGCCUCGCCGGCUCCCCUGCUGGACCGCCGUCUUGGCACUGAGGAGCGCGCCCGUCUGGAGUCCAGCCUCAACUACGCCGACCACUGCUUCAGCGGGCAUGCCACCAUGCACGCUGAGAACCUGUGGCCGGAGCGGGUCAGCAGCGUGGCCCAAGUCCUGCAGCUGGUCAACCUGUGGACCCUUACCCUGCAGAAAAGGGGCUGCAAGGUGCUGGUGGCGGCGGGCGCCCAUGGCGUUAUGCAGGGUGCCGUGCUCAGCUUCGGAGGCCUCUCCUUCAACGAAAACCACCUGCAGUUCCAGGCGGACCCGGACGUGCUGCACAACAGCUACGCGCUGCGGGGAAUCCACUACAACCAGGACCUGAUCAACUUAGCUGUGCUGCUGGACUCCGAGGGCAAGCCCUUUCUGCACGUGUCAGUCAAGCCCCAGGAGAAGCCCGUGGCACUGUACGCCUGCGAGGCGGGCUGCCUCAACGAGCCGGUGGAGCUGACGUCGUCGCUGGUGGAGGCCAAGGGCCACGUGUUCCCUGUGAUGGUGACGCAGCCCAUCACGCCGCUGCUCUACAUCUCCACGGACCUGCGCCACCUGCAGGACCUGCGGCACACGCUGCACCUCAAGGCCAUCCUGGCGCACGAGGAGCAUAUGGCCAAGCAGUACCCCGGCCUGCCCUUCCUCUUCUGGUUCAGCGUGGCUUCACUCAUCACCCUCUUCCACCUCUUUCUCUUCAAGCUCAUCUACAAUGAGUACUGCGGCCCCGGCGCCAAGCCUCUCUUCAGGAGCAAGGUGACGAAGCCAAGUGAGGAAAUGGAAGCUUAGGAAGCAGCCAUGACAUCACAGGUGCAGAGUAGCAGCCAGCGAAAUACAUUGCCAUAAAGUGUGUUACUGUUCAUGUCAUUAUUUGACAAUGAUAUUUGUGUUGAUGGUCAACAUGUUGAUUUGACUUUCGACAUGUUGGAGCUGAAUUCAGAGAAAAGCUCACAUCGCCUGAUGACUUCUUUCAUUGGCAAGGCUAGUGAAAGUCUGUCAUUCUUUACAAUGCUUCCAUUCAUUUUGGCAGGACGACCUGUCGGUUUGAAUGAAUACCAUCAUCAUACACUAUGGGUGAAAGAUGCCAACCGAUUGGUUGUCACUCACUGGCAAAACUCCAAAUGGAGGCUCAGGUCUCAAAGGUUGAAGUAUGAGCGUGAUUGAAAGGAAUUGUCUUUUCUUUCACAUUAUUGGUCCUGUUGGUAAAUGUUAAUAUCCAUCAUUGCUUUCUUACUUGGAAGUCUAACAUGGUCUAAAAUGAUUGUAUUGGUAAAGGCAAAAGUUCCACUAUCUAGCUUUCACCAAUGUUGUUGUUGUUACAGGGAAUGAGGGGAUGGAUUUUCAAAUAAUUUAAACAGGUCAAUUUCCUAUAGCCCUCUAGUCUGUUUUCUGCAAAGCCUAAUAUAGUCAAAAUUAAGUAUUAAAAAAAUCUGAGGAUCAACUUGUGCCGAGCAAGUGUCAAUUUAGUCUUAAGACCCAUUGAUAUCAAACUGAUGGUAAAUUAGCAGGUCCGUCCGACAGUGUGCAUUGGGUGUUAAUUUCCUCGUGGAGUCUGCCACUCAAUGCACUUCUUCAAGACCUCUGCUUCUGAACACCAAACAUUGCUAAGGUGACCCAAAUAUAUUCACUUCCUGAUCUUUUCCUGUCCCUUCACGGAAGAUGUAGGAGUCAUAGAAGUAGAAUCCUAGAAUGGGGAUUAUAUUUAUAUGGUUCUAGUCACUGCUUUGUGCUGUUUCUACCAUAUAGAAUUCUGGAAUAUGUGAGUUCUCCCUUCCCUGUUUUUCAUGACAUCUCAUGACUGAAAUUAUUGGCACCCUUCAUAAAGAUGAGCAAGAAAUUAUAUAAAAUAAAUACAUAUACUGAGCUAUAUUGUAUUUGCAUUUUUUGUUGAAAUUAUAUUUUAUACUAAUCCAAUUUCUCUGAAUUUUGUUUUUCUAACAAGUAAUACAAAAUAUAUAAAAGAUGGGUCAAUUUUUGGCACCCCUGUUUUCAAUACCCCGGCACCCUCCCCUUGUGAGGAUAACAGCACUGAACAUUUUUUGGUACUGGGUUAUUUUCUGUGUAUCACAUCCUCCUUUCAAUACCAAACCCACCACUGGUGUGUGUGGCCAAAGAGCUCUAUUUGCAUGUCAUCUGAAUAUAGCACCGGUUCCAAUCCAAGUCAGCCCCAAUGCCGUUUAACAAACUCCAGGCGUUUACAUUUAUUGAAUGACAUGAAAAUUAGAGCUCUUUGGUCACGCACACCAGUGGUGGGUUUGGUGUCAAGAGAAGGCUGUGAUGAGCAGAAAAUAACCUCAUACCUCCUGUAAAAUACGGUGGUGGAUCUUUGUUAUGGGCCUAUUUUGCUUCCACUGGUUAGGGCCAACGGCAUCAUGGACUUUACCCAGUACCAGGACAUUUUAGCCAAAAACCUGGUUGACUCUGCCAGGAAGCUGAAACUUGGCCACAAGUGGAUCUUCCAGCAAGACAAUAACCCCAAGCACACAUCAAAUUCCACAAAGAAAUGUUUAAUUGAACACUAAAACCUUUUAUUUCAAUGGCCAUCGCAGUCUCUGGACCCCAUUGAAAACCUGUGGUAUGAAUUGAAGAGGGCAGUCCAUAAGCGCAGACUAAGUAUAUAUAUAUAUAUAUUUUUUUUUUACCUUUAUUUAACUAGGCAAGUCAGUUAAGAACAAAUUUUUAUUUUCAAUGACGGCCUAGGAACAGUGGGUUAACUGCCUGUUCAGGGGCAGAACGACAGAUUUGUACCUUGUCAGCGCGGGGAUUUGAACUGGCAACCUUCCGGUUACUAGUCCAACACUCUAACCACUAGGCUACCCUGCCGCCCCGGGGUAGCCAAGCUCUAGACUCUAUUAUGCAAAUUCAUCUACCAUGAUUGAGUGAAUUUAUGAGCUUAAUGUUGUUUUUAAAUACUCCAAAAUUACUAGAUAGACUGAGUCUACCAAUCCGAUUUGUUGUGAAGUGUGAAUUGUUUUCUUGAGUUCAUAUUUAUUUUUCAUCUUUGUUCAUAUAGAAUUUAAGGGCUUUUUUGAAUCCAUUAUUUUGAUUGUAACUAACUACUGAGUGUGCCUUUUUUUAAAUUAAUUUAUUCUGAUUACACCUACAGUUUGGUUGGAUUGUACUUGAAUAUGAUGUGAUUUGAGAGAAAAUGUAUGUUAUUGUAAAUUGAUUUGGAUAAAUUACAAAUGUAUACAUAAAGACUUUGAAUUAUGAUGUAAAUUUGUUAUAUUAAAGUAUGCUGUCAGAGAAAUUGUUAAACUAUUUUGUCAAAUCUAUGAAGUUAUAUUUGUAUUCAACAGUGAUUGACUUGGUCCGGAGUUGUCCGGAACGUUGUACCGGCACUUCUAGGUUUGGGGGAAUUGCGUACCUUCUCCUCUAUUAAAAACAAGGUAGCCUAUCGCUGGCCCAGAUUCACACACCGAGGUAAAAAAAUAUAUAUAUAAAAAAAUCUGAUCAAAGAUGAAUGAAUAGCAAUGGAGAGUGUCAUUCAUUUCCUCAUUCCGCUUUGUUCCGGUUUAUUUGCCUCUAGUAUGUGAAUCUGUGAAAGACAGUAUGUUGUUCGAGAUUGCGCAGAUUGAAAAUGUGCCAGACUGAAUGACAUGAUGAGCUGUUCCAAGUUGUCAAAUGAGGGUUUGUAAGGUCAUGGAAAUUAGUUAAAUAAUGUAAUUCAUGAAAGCACACUUUUAAAUAUAAACUACAUAUCAGCCAUUAUCGAAAUGACCCUAACGUGUAUGUCUGUCGUGCUGUUUGUGUGCCAGUGUGAGUGGUCCGUUGCCCGAGGAGAGGGAGCGCGACAUUUCAGCAGCAGGUAUAAAAUAAUGACAGACAGACCUAACUAGAUCACCAAUUCAAAACGUAAAUGUAGCAGUUAUCUCGCUAGGUAAUUAUAGUUAACUAAGUAUUAAUUUAAUUGUUGCCUUUCCACCGGCACUGUAGAGCCUAUAUAAAUAUGCACCGUUGGAAAGCUGGGAUUCCCCUCUAUUAAAUACUAGUCAUGUAAUUGCGACAACGUUAAAAAUAUAAGAAUAGCGUAAUUGACAAAUAACUUGCUGUGCAUAGAUCUCCCCCGAAACAUUAUAUAUAAAAACAUGUCUAGUUAGUUAGCUUGAUUUGAAGCAGUGGCUUGUAUUCCUGGAUGCCAGGGGAAGCCAGGCAUCCACUUUUUUUUUUUUUUAUAAAUUAAUUUAGCUUUCGUCUCUCUGAUUUCAUAAUUUAACUUCAAUUCGCAAGAAGCUGAAUGUAUCUCACAGGAGAAAUAUUCCUGAGCAUCAAAACAGAGCCCCUUUGUCUCUACAUAUAGGCCAUCUAUCUGAUGCUGUCUGGUCCAAACGAGUAUGGUAGCGUUGAAGACAAGGAAAGCCAGCGAGCAUUUUGCCUCACUUGAUUAAAAAAAUAUAUAUAAAAAGAUCUGCAUUGAGCUGAAACUGGCGCACCAAAGAAAAGUGUCAAGGGAAGCCAGCUUGGAUUUUGAACCCAUUGAGAGCAUAAAUAAUUGACAGAAACUUCAAUUGUUGCAUCUCGUGUAUAUAGUUUUUUUUUCUGGUUGCUAAAAUUGGCCCUUUCCUAAAUUAGCCAUGGAUGGAGAUAGGGAUUUAGACUUUUUACUUAAUUCUCAGUACUGGCCAAUGAUUAUAACGUCGAUUCUGAUCCAAUGAUUAAUUCGUACAUUGUUGUGCCCCUGGCCUGAGGAUGGAAAUUCAAUAUGUAGCUAGAUGUAGAAGGCUUAUGUUAACUAGCUAAUGUUGCCCAUGAAUGGAAGUUAGGCUACCGAGCAAGCAUUUUAGCCAGGUGGCCAAGGACAGUAAAAAAUAAACUGUGUACUGUAUGACAGUGAUAGGUUGUUUUGUCAACAUAUGAAAGAGAGGAUGGCGGUUCUCUACAAGUAGGGUGAGUCAACCAUGCUUUUCUACUUACAGGAACGUGCAAGCGCACACCAGUGGCGACCUGUCAUUCAGGGCAGGUGGGACAGAGCCCCACAUUUUUGGCAAAAAAUGGUUUGCAUGUUAUUUUGGUAUUCGUACGUGUCACAUAUCAGUUUGCAAACAAUGUAAAAAUAUAUAUAUAUAUUGAAUUAAUAAAGCUGCAUACAAA